CAGGCUCCCGUGGAGAGGAAAGCCCUGGACCUCACCCCCCUGAGGGAGGCGAAGCUGCCCGUUAUCUUUGUUCUGGGCGGUCCAGGAUGCGCAAGGAAGAACACAGUGUGAGAAGAUCGUCAAGCAGUAUGCUAACUACACCCACCUUUCCUCCGGUGACCUGCUCAGGACGAGGUCAAGUCGGGUCAGAGCGUGGCAAGGCGCUCAACGAGAUCAUGGAGAAGGGGGACCUGGUUCCGCUGGAGGUCGUGCUUGACCUCAUCGCCGAGGCCAUGCUCAACAAGGUGUCCUCCUCCAAGGGGUUCCUGAUCGACGGCUACCCGAGAGAACAGGCUCAAGGUGUUCAGUUUGAGCAGUCUAUCCUGCCCUGCACCAAGGUCCUGUACUUCGAGGUCCCCGACGAGGUGAUGGUGGAGCGCCUCCUGAACCGCGCCAAGACCUCCGGCCGCGUCGACGACAACGAGGAGACCAUCAAGAAGCGGCUGGCCACCUUCCACAAGCACUCGGAGCCCGUGAUCCAGUACUACAAGGAAAAAUGCGCCACCAUUGUCGCCCUCGCUUCUCCCGACGAGGUGUUCGCCGAGGUGCAGAAGGCCCUCAGCACCAUCCAGUGAGGAGGCGGUCCCGGAAACUCGCUCCCAUGUCCCCACUCCCGCGUAUUCCUCUUCUCCUCCCCACCCUCCUCCUCCUCUUCCUCCUUUUCGCCUGGCUCUUGGGUUUCCCCCUUUGUGGGCUCGCGUCUCCCACCCCUUUGGCGUCUCCUUCUCCGUGUCUGUCUCUCGUUCCCGCUCUUCUCUGGUCUUCCAAGGCUCCGAUCUCCCGAUGAUGUCUUCCUCGACAACCUCCAGAACUAUGCAUUACAUUAAUUUAAGAGUGACUUCGGAAGAAAGCAACAUAGUCUACGCAUCUGACACGAACACCGUGACUCAUAGACUCGAGGAAAUGAAAACCAUCUUCCUCUCCGCGACCUGCUACUCUCCCAAGCCAGAGAGUAAGGUCCCGAGGAAAUUAAUACCAUCUUCCUCUUCGCGACCUGCUACUCUCCCAAGCCAGGAGAGUAAGGUCCCGAGGAAAUUAAUACCAUUCUCCUCUUCGCGACCUGCUACUCUCCCAAGCCAGAGAGUAAGUCCCCACGGCACACAUAGCUAGACUUCACGAUUCUGUGUCUUGUCAACCUGCUCGGCAAAAAGCUUAAAAUCCACAAAACACGAGUGAAGGGAAAAAAAAAAGCUUCUUGGAUAAACCGACGUACAAGUGUCUCUCACAAGGAGGUUAUCUUAAUCUAGUUCAGCGAUGGACUGCGCCCUUGUCUGUAGGAACACCGAAAGUCCGGCGCCCAUAUUGGGUGGUCGACGUCCGUUCUCAAUUGUUAUUAUCAUCAUCGUCAUCAACUAUCAUGUUUUUCAGUCAUUGCCAUAUUUUUCUUGGUGGAUAAUUGACUUAAUCACAGAGGACGAUUCAACUGAUACUUUUCGGACUUACGGAAUAAACUGUGACUCUGGACUUGUUGUCUGACGGUGACUCCCUUGACAGCUUUCUUGACAUACAUCGGACGCCUGGAAUUGGAAUAGAGAAAAAAUAAUUCAAUUCUAUUGUAUUUAUAUACUAGUUAGCACCAUUUAAACCGCAGUACUAUUUAUAAUUUAUUGAUUAUAAAUAGUACCGUAUUAGACUGGAGGAGGAAUUUUGACUCACAGGGAAACUUAAGACUUACUCUUUUAUUGACUGACGGAGGAAAGGACUAGAAUAGCACAAGAUCUGACUUAUAGAAGGUAUUUAUGACUUACUGACUAGACCAAUGAAGGAACUUCUGACCCAACGAAGGAACCAGUGACUGAUCUAAACAGCUGACAGGAGAAUCCCAGAAGAAUUGUGACUGACAAUAAAAAGAUGUGUGACUGAUGAAGCUGACGAUAAAUAAUUAUGUUUAAAUGACAAAAAAUUAAUAUGCUUGACUGAUGAAGCUGUAUGACUAACGAAGAAUCUGAGUGACUGAUUGACUUAAGAGACCGCAAAUUGCCAAAGAAACUUAAACUGUUCGAGGAGACUGUGACUGAUAAAGUACUGAAGACGAAAAAAAAGUGCAAAUGACAAUGCAAAAUCAAGACUAAAUAUAUUUUGCUUCAAGAAUACAAAAACUGCGACUUUCCGGCACAACUUUGACUGACUGUAGAUAAGAACUUUGACUGAAACAGGAAUGACUGACUUAAAUGGAUAACUUUUUUGAUAGACUAUGACUGACUGAAUAAAUUAAAUAAGAAUAUGUGACUGACUAAAAGAAACCAGGUUUGACUGAAGAAUAUAUGACUGAUCCAAAAUAAUUUACUGACUAAACUUAUGACUGACUGACCAAAAAUAAUUUACUGACUAAACAUGAAUGACUGAAAUAAUUAUAUUAAUUACUCAUGCCAACUACUCUCUCUCACAAAAAUAAGACAAAUAAUAUGACUCCUUGACUGACUAAAGAGAUUUUAAACCCAAACUGACCUGAUAAGUCAUCUCGUGACUUACUAAAAACAAAUAUAAAAAACAACAACGUGACUUGAGUGAAGAGGAUGAGACCAAAGACCAGAAACCAGAGACCGAAGACCAUAAAUAAACUUAACGUUAAACAAAUAAACAUCAAGACGAACCAGAAUAAAACUAAUACAAAAAAAAAAAAUAAUAAAACAUAUUUUAGGGUAUCACAUGAUAUAAAUAAGAAAUAAAGAAAUAAAGACUAAUGCAGACUACUAUAUUUAAGUGUUCAAUUAUGACAGAUAUUGAUGACUGACAUACAAUAGACAGACUGAAUGGCAUAUAAGACUUUGAACUAAGUAGCUGUCACGUCUGGAGAGAAUAACUUAGAGGAUAUUAAAACCCCAAAACUGUAGGACACAAGACAGCCAGACAGACACAAGACAAACUAGACAGACACUAGACAACCCAAAAAAAAAAAAUGUAAAACUCACUAGACAGACACUACAUGUACUAGACAAACAGACAGAUAUUACAUAGACUAGACAGCCAGACAGACUACAUAUACUAGACAGCCAGACAGAUUACAUACACUAGACAGACACUACUUACACUCGACAGACAGAAAGACAUUAGACAUACUGACAACCAAAAACCCAUGAAAAGAAACAGACAGAUUGACCCACUUUAGACAAAGACAAAUUUCAGACGAGGCCCUAAAAAGACCAACAGACUUCAGACUCUUGAAACAGACAGACAAUUGACUGACAAGACUUCUUCUUUGACUUCACUCAAAGACGAAAAGACAAAUGGAAUUAAUCUG